AUGAUUCGGAUUAAUAUUUCUCUCAUACUGUGCGCCUCACUGGCUAUUCUGAGAGAUGCAGUUGCUGUUUCCACCGCUCAAUCCUCGGCUGCUUCUGCUUUAUCUUCACUUGGCGUCUCUCUUCCAAAGGGCGAGGUCCUGGUCGGGGAUGUCCGGUAUACCUGCAACCUGCUGGAUACGGUGUUUUCGAAAAAUGAGACCUUCACAGUGAGCUCAUCAUACUAUGACCCAUUGAUCGACGAAGCCUGGUCACAGAAUUGCCGAUUAAAUGCGUCCUGUGUUAUAACACCCACUUCAGCCCAAGAGGUUUCAACCUUGUUACAGAUCCUCGAAAUUUUGGAUACCAAGUUCUCUAUUCGCUCGGGUGGACAUAAUAUCAACCCGGGCUUUAGUUCAAUUGGCAGGCAAGGAGUUUUGGUCGCUCUCGAAAAGUUGGACACUCUUUCACUGAGCGCUGAUCUCGGAACGGUUACAAUUGGGCCUGGUAAUCAGUGGGGAACUGUAUACGAGUAUCUCCAGGGGUAUAAUCUCUCAACUUUGGGUGGUCUUGAAGUCGUUGUAGGUGUCGGCGGGUACAUUCUUGGUGGUGGUCUCAGUACAUUUUACAAUACAUAUGGGUUGGCCAUUGACAGCGUCAUCCGAUUCCAGGUCGUACUUCCCAGCGGGUCCAUUGUCAACGCGACUCAAACUGAGAAUGCCGAUCUAUUCAAAGGCCUUAAGGGAGGUUUGAACAAUUUUGGUGAGAAUGACUUUAUCUAUGCAUCGUUUCCUCAACUAAUCGUUCCAGGCAUCGUGACUGAAUAUGACCUCGCGACAAAUACAGGAGUCAAUAUCUUCUACGAGAUAAAUACCUAUACUCUCGCCAACACACCCGCUGUACUUGCAGCAUAUGCCACGUAUCUACAGGAUGCCGAUAUCAACAGUAACGUGGAGAUCCAGAUCAACCCCACCUACACUAUGGUAUUCUACGGGUACGUUGGACAUGUUUCUACGCCUGCAACAUUCGAUGUAUUCUCCGACAUACCUGUGGCUUCAGUACUAUACCCACCAACAAACGGCUCGCUUCCUGAGCUUCUCCUCACAAUUGGUGCCUCUGGACUGAGUUCAGAUGGUAUUUCCUAUGGCGGAACCUUCACUUUCGAGGUUACUGGGGCUGCACUUCUACAGGUGACAUACGAGGUGUAUCUAGAGGCUGUCGCCUCUCUGCCUUCAGAGGCGGAACUCUCUUAUGUGCCUCAAGGGGUUAUUCCGAACUUGGUGACAAAAGGCAAGGCGCAGAAUGGAGGGAAUCUCCUUGGUCUAACAGCUACGCCCCAAGUCUGGAUGGAUGUUUUUGUCCAAUUUCCAGCAACUUUGAACCAAUCUGCGGUGACAGGUGUUGUCGACUCAGUAUUGGCUAAUCUUACAUCGAGUGCAAAAUCGCAGGGUGUUUUUCUUCCUUAUAUCUUCGUGAAUGAUGCGAGCCCUACUCAAAAGCCAUUACAGUCAUUCGGGACAGAGAAUCUCAAGUAUAUUGAUGUUGUGGCGAAGAAAUAUGAUCCCAAUGGUGUGAUGCAGAAGUUGCAGAAUCGGGCCUACUUUGUUUCAGAGGAGUUGUGA